AGAGCUCCGACGGCCUUUCUAGGAAGAGGAGAGGGGAGAGCCAAGGUGCCGCGGGGCUCCCUCGGAGCGCGGGAAACAGCGUUGCCGCCGCCACUCUCUGCACGCACACGCACACACACACACACACACACGCAGCUCGGGCGGCGUCAACAGGGUCACUAAGGAAAAGCUCCAAGGGAAAAUGACCCCAGGAGGAGGUGCAGUUUCUCUGGCCUCCAAAGUCCAAGAUCAAGGAUGGGCUUGGAUGGUCUUAAUAGCCACAGUGCUGGUUCAAGCACUGACACUGGGCUUUCCUUCCUGCAUUGGGGUCUUCUUCAAGGAUCUACAGUAUGAUUUCCAAGCUAGCAACAGUGAGACAUCAUGGUUCCCCUCCAUCAUGACAGCUGUGCUACAUGCAGGUGGACCUCUUUGCAGCAUUUUGGUGAAGCGAUUUGGCUGCAGGACCACUGUCAUGCUGGGAGGCCUUCUCAGUGGGGUGGGCAUGGUGGCCAGCGCUUUCUCCAAGUCUGUUAGCCAGCUUUACAUAACAGCUGGAUUCAUCACUGGCUUGGGAUCGUGUUUUAGCUUCCAGGCAAGCAUCACUGUGCUUGGCUACUACUUUAUACGCCGGCAAGCCCUAGCCAAUGCUCUUGCUUCCACGGGCGUCUCCAUUGGCCUCACGCUGUGGCCACUGAUCUCCCAGUACUUGCUUGAUGAGAUGGGGUGGAGAAACACUUUCCUCAUCUUUGGGGGAGUGCUGCUGAACUGCUGUGUGUGUGGGGCUGUGAUGAGACCCAUCCCUGUCGAGCUACCUGCCCCAUCAUUGAAUUCUUGUCAUGGGGAGUCAGCGGAAGGGAGACAUUUGUCCAACGGCAAGUCUGUGCAUCAGGGGGAGCAUCUGCGUCAGUCCAGGUUUACUGCUUGCCUCCAGACCCUGCAGAAUUAUCUGGCCUUUGACAUCUUCUUCAAGAACAAAGGCUACCAGAUCUACACCAUUGGAGUGACCUGGAUGGUGAUGGGGUUUGUGCUGCCCCUCAUUUACCUGGUGCCCUAUGCCAUUUUUAAUGGAGUAGAGGAGCGCAAGGCAGCACUCCUCAUCUCUAUCAUUGGGUUCAUCAACAUAUUCAUGCGCCCCAUGGCAGGCCUGCUCUCAGGACUCAACGUCUUCACCGGCCGGCGGAUCUACCUCUUUAGCUUGGCUGUCAUGCUCAACGGCCUGAGCAACCUCAUCUGUGCCAUCUCGGCUGAGUACAGUAUUCUUGUCCUCUACUGCAUGGUCUACAGUGUUUCCAUGAGUGUCAUCGGUGCACUUAUCUUCCAGGUAUUAAUGGAUGUGGUGGACAGGGACAGGUUCUCCAGUGCCUUGGGUCUCUUCACCAUCUUGGAGAGUAUCACCAUUCUCAUUGGACCCCCUCUUGCAGGUCUUCUUGUGGAUGUUACAGGCCACUUCAGUUACGUCUUCUAUGCUUCUAGUUUCUUCAUGGUAUCGGCUGCUCUCUUCAUGGGUCUUAGCUUCUGCACCAUGGAGGCAAAGAACAAAUUGAUAGAAACACAGAAGCCGCCCCCUGAGGACUCCUCCAGGGGCAAAUACACAGAAGUGCCAACUGAAUUGGGGCCUGACAAAAAUGGCCCUCCUGCAGUCAUCUACAUAACCAGCAUCUGAAUCCAGUGGAGCUGGAAGAAUGUUGCAUUCCUCACAAAUGCAAGAGAUCUGGAAGCAGAAGGGAAAAACAAGUGCCUGCUGUCUCUGGUGCCCACCUCCUUUCUGUUGCAACUUUCUACACAGCUGUGUUGGGCUCAGAACUCUACAUGAAGGUUCCAGAUCUGAAGACAUAUGCACAAAGCUAUUCACAAUUCCAAAGAGCACUUUAAACAAAUCGUACAUGAUGCAAGCCAUGAGAGCAAAGAAGGACAUGGUUCUGUGACAUCUGUAUUACUUGAAGCGUAAACAUUUUUAUUAUUAUCAUCAUCUGGUCUUUAUUAUAUAUUCCAGCAUAUAAGAAUGGAAGGACUUAUUCACUCAUUGGGCUAUGGAUUACCUUAGACCCCUGACAAUUCCAGCAAGGGAUCGUUAUAGAGGAGUUAAAAAUCAAUAGGCCAAUUUUCCAUAACUGAACUCAGUGUGAAGUCAGUUGUCUGAUUUCUCUCCAAGCACAAAAAUAGAGCUCUUCUUUAUGGAGCUUUACAGCUGGGAUCCUUGAAUAGAAUUUUUCAUUCUUGCUGUAUAAUCCCAGGCCAGUUCUUAUAUGAACAUAUCACUUAUUUCAGCCAGAUCAGAGGUGGUCGUAUGUACUACUAACCAAAGUGAGCCAUUUCUACAUUUCAAGGGUAUUUGGGGGAAUAACAAAUGCUCAAAUUUGAAGCUACUGUUCACCGAAAAGCUGGAUAGGAUGAAAGUACCUAUAUAUUCUAGCCAAUAGUGUCUUAAAUCCCCUUUGCUCCCAUUUGGAAGACAUGCUGCAGUAAAGAAAAGGCCAUAGCUGAUCAAACAAGAUGGCCAUUUUGUUUUUUUCAGGAACAAUUCUUGGAGCACUGAUUAGACCAUAGUAAUAGUACAAAUGGGAACACAGAGGCAUGAUUAAUUUAAUCUCAUCCAGUGGGGCAUCUUCACCUCUUUAAACUUCCAUAAUCUCUAUACAGUCAACUCAGUAGGAAUGUAUAAGCUAUAUAAGCGUAAUAAAUUAAAUGUGAGUAAAUUGACACCAGUGUAUACAUUGGUGUGAAAAAAAUUAAGAACGAGAAGUGCUGUGACUACCUGCAUACCUGAAGCAACAGAUUACAAUCAGUGCCAUCUUUGCUGGUCAAAGUCAAGACAAUUUUUGAUGCAGAAAUAAAUAGUUAGGAAAAUGGCACUCCCUCUGGAAUACUGUUCCUAAAGUGAUGGCUUCACAUUGUUUCAUGGUAAGACUCGUCCUGGAAAUGGCCCAGGAUGCUUAUUGAGCUGGCUGGAAAAAUUGUAGCUACUUUUGCCAGACCCUCUGCAUUUGAUCCACAGACCUAGGCGUGUUAAAAUAGUAGUGUUUGAACUGGAACACAGCAAUGCUUUAAUUCAGAUUUACUUGCUUGUUUUGCACAGUUCCAACCCUUCAUCUCACAUUCCACUCUUCCAGUUCUUGUAUCUCUGUAAACAUUAACUUCAAAUGUUCUGAGUGAUACAGGUUUUGAAUGGCAGGGUAUAAUGGUUAUGCAAUCUAGCUAUUUUAGCAGCAGAAAACUUUGAGAGGUGAGUGGGAUUACAACUGAACAACAAGGUAGUCACAACUGAAGGAUUCUGACCUUCCAAGUCCAUUUGAAUUAAAAGGGCCACCUUUAGGGAAUGUGCACGCAAGACUGGCCCAAAACAUGUUGGUGUUUUGUGACAGAAAAAAGUGGUUCUCCCUCACCAAUUAACAUGAGGCACAAUCCAUUUCUCCUGCAUAGACCUCACUGACAUGAGUGAGAGCUGCACAAGAACACAGUAGCCCCAUGUUUCAAUGGGGCUUCAAGUGACUUCCCAGUGGCUCAUGUCUCCUGCAUCAGAUAUGUCUGCCAUUCUGCUACCAUUAACACUGUCCAGAAUCUGUCUUCUGAGGUAACUACUUCACCCUACCCCCGUGGCUAGGCUGCAACAUAGAAUCAUAGAAUACCAUAGAAUAGAGAAUAGAAUAGAGUUGGAAGGAGCCUAAAAGACCAUCGAGUCCAACCCCCUGCUCAAUGCAGGAAUCCACCCUAAAGCAUCCCUGACAGAUGGCUGUCCAGCUGCCUCUUGAAUGCCUCUAGUGUGGGAGAGCCCACAAGCUCCCUAGGUAACUGGUUCCAUUGUUGUACUGCUCUAACAGUCAGGAAGAAGCCCAGCCUCUAACAACAGUUUAGAAAGCACACAAAAACUAGCAAAACAGAUGGGUAAGUAGACCAAUUUCUCACAUGUCUCCUUAAAGCGAAGAUUCUCCUUAGACAAGAUAGUUUGAAAACCAUUUCACUCCAUGGUCAUCAUCUAUAGCUGUUGAGCAGGCAGGCAUGGUGUGGAGAAUGUGGAUAGGGAGACGUUCUUCUCCCUCGCUCAAAAUACUAGAACCUGGAUUCAUCCCAUGAAGCUGAUUGGUGGGAGAUUCAGGACAAAUAAAAGGGAAUACUUCUUCACACAGUGCAUAGUUAAAUUAUGGAACUCAUUGCCACAAGAUGUAGUUAGUGAUGGCCACCAAUUUGGAUGGCUUUAAAAGGGGGUUGGAUAAAUUCCUGGAGGCAAAGGCUAUCAAUGGCUACUGGCCCUGAUGGUUGUGUGCUAUCUCCAGUAUUCGAGGCAGUGAGCCUGUGUGCACCAAUUGCUGGGGAACAUGGGUGGGGGGUGCUGUUGCACCAUGUAUUGCUUUGUUGGUCCCAGGCCAACGGCUGGUUGGCCACUGUGUGAACAGAGUGCUGGGGGGGAUCUACACUACUGCUUUAAAGCGCUUUAUAACAGUUUUGACAACUGUUGGGGCCCAGGACACACUGCAUAUACAGGUUUCAAAACAUUUUCAAAGCGCUUUAAAGCGCUUUAAAAGCAGUAGUGUAGAUCCCCCCCUGGACUAGGUGGACCUUCGGUCUGGUUCAGCAUGGCACUUCUUGCGUUCUUAUGCAUGGAAGCCUCUAGAGGCGGCUAAAAACAGACUUCCAUUCCAUUUCCCCUGAUGAUUUAGCACAGGGCUGUUGAACUUCUUUCAGCCUGAAGACUGAAUUUCAUUUGGGAGGAAGACUUGGGAGAGGGGGCACAUUUGAGUGGUGGGUGGGGCUAAAAUACCAGCCAAUUGUAGCUUAAAGCUCUUUCUGCCAGUAAUGAAGCCUUAGAAUUCCGAUCUUUUAGAAUGGGGAGAAGCUGCACGGAAGCCAGGAAACCACAAGGUGGGAAUGGGGAAUCUCAGAGGGCUGGAUUUAGCCCAUGAGUGUAUGGCUCCAUCCUCCUGGAAGAAAUGUGGAGAUAUGUAAUGCUUGCAGAUGGGCUCCGAGUGGUGUUUGUGUACAACUACACAAUGAAUCCACAAUGAUCCACUGAUUCCUAGUAGCAGCAUAACAAGUAGAACCAUCAGGUUUAACUUGUGCUUCGAGUCUUU